GGAGUGAGGAGGAGGAGUAGAAAGAGGAGGGAGGGCGAUUCGCGAGAACUGGAUGACAACCAGAACUCCAAGCACAAAAGACGGCCACGGAACCACGUCCUCCCCCCCCCCCAUUUUCCCGGGGCGUUUCGUUAAGGCUUUUAUUUAGGGAAAAAAACGCAUUAGGAGAGGGCAAAAGGCAUCAGGACGGGUGGAUACACACACAUUUGUCUUCAACUGCGAGACGAAGUGAGAACCAGAGUGCAACAUGGAUUUUGUAAUGAAGCAAGCUUUGGGUGGGGCCACCAAAGACAUGGGGAAGAUGCUGGGUGGGGAGGAAGAGAAGGAUCCGGAUGCCCAGAAGAAGGAAGAGGAGCGGCAGGAGGCUCUGAGGCAGCAAGAGGAAGAGAGGAAGGCCAAGCAUGCCCGCAUGGAGGCAGAGAGGGAGAAAGUGCGGCAGACGAUCCGAGACAAGUACGGACUGAAGAAGAAGGAAGAGAGGGAGGCUGAGGAGAAGGCUGCCAUGGAGCAGGCUUGUGAGGGUUCCCUGACCCGCCCCAAGAAGGCAAUCCCGGCCGGCUGCGGAGAUGAGGAUGAGGAGGAAGAUGAGAGCAUCCUGGACACCGUUCUCAAGUUCCUCCCGGGGCCACUGCAAGACAUGUUCAAGAAGUAAUGGGUUUGGAGUGUGGGCGGGGCAACUGGAGGUGGAGCCUGGGACUGGGGGGUGGGGCUUAAGGGGAGGAGUGGGACUGGGAUAGGCUACCGCCGAAUAUGGCCAUCCACAGCCUGAACGGGCUCUUUGUCAUUAUUUUAUACUGCCAGGAAAAGAAAAAGAUAUGACAGUACAUAAUCUCAAACUACACCAUAUUUUCUUGCUUGGUAGCCAGUUCAGAUUAUGCUUCUUCUUAAUUAAUUUUUAUUUUUUUUUAAAUCAUCCAAUUUUUCAAAAAUCGACACCACUGGGAGGGGCAUCCAGGAUUCCCACUGCCGAGACGUACCAGUGAAUCGGAAAAAGCAACACAUUCGCAUGGAGGUCCGGACACUUGGGGAAGGCAGUGCUCACCUGAACCGUAGUGAAGGCAUCCAGGUCAGGGGGGAGGGUGAGCGCUUGCACCUCCAGCCACCAUUCUACUGAAAGGCACCAAAUCUUUACCGCCAAACCACUUUAAGACCGAGUUCACAUCCUGUUGUUCAGUUCAACGGAUCGCUACGACAUGAAAUUUGCUUUCGCCCGAUCCGUGCCUUCUUGUAUUUUCCCCCACGGAGGGACUGUUUUUUCACACGUAAAAGCACCAGGUUAGACAAACUGCUUUUGUUGUUUCUAUUUGCCCGUGUGCAAUGGAGUCAUAGGACAGAAGUUGCGUGUAGAAGACGAAGAGAUUCCUUUUUUUCUAGAAGGAAUCUGAGCAGGACUUUUGUCUGGGAGCCUCACUGGUUCUGUGAUCUCUCGCCUCAGAGACGGCUGGGAAGCCACCAAAGUUCAGCUGGGCUGUUUAAUCUGACAGCAAGGGGGCACUGCUGUGAACAAAGAGGUCAAGGACAGCAUUUACACUCAGCCACGGCGAUUUUAAGAAAAUAUUAGCUAGCAGUUUUGUUUUUUUUUGUUUUUUUUUUUUUUUACCUUUCGGCUAAACCUGUUGUUUCAAAUUAUUCCGUAUUACUAACCACUUAUUUUUGUUGCCUGAACUUUUGUCUGCCACAUAUCGUCAUCAUUUAGCCAUCCUUCGAAAAGUACAGUCUAUAGCAUGCUGGCUUUGGAGUAGAAACAUCAACAGAUGAGCUCUACACCGUGACUUUUCUCAUUUGCCUUCAUAUAACAACAGCCCAAAAGAAAACAGGUGAUGACGAAUGCCAAGUCAAGAGUUUUCCCAGAGCAUCACUUUCACUUAUAAAAAUGCCCAAAAAAUGCCGUUUCAUAGUUUUGUAGAGGAAAAAAGAAUAACUGCAAUAUUUGCAUAUUAGUAGAAGUACAAUAUGAAUAUGUUCAGUAACUGAUGCAUGAUGGGAUUGGCAUUGACACAAACGGUAUCUCCUGUGCCCUCUGUAAGUGAUCUGUCUGUAUGUCAUUAGCAUAGUCAGGAAGACAAUCAAACAGCACCAGCCCGUCUUAGGAAGGAGCUGGUGCCAAUACCAUGUCUCAUUCACCUUGUCGCUUCUGUGUCUGUAUCCCUAAUAUUAAUAACGUUUUAAUUGGUAGGUUGUUGUAGACAUAUCCAGGGAAAAUUGCAUGCUGGAGUGAACCACUGACCAAGAAAAAAAUAAGUACUAAGUUUGGUGGACCAAUAUUUUUAAAACAAUAGGUAAACAAGACUUUGCUAGCUAUAUGUUUAUUGGCUACUUUUUGCCUUAGAGCGAUGUUGUCAUAACGAUUGUUAUCCGUUUUUAUUCUCUCACUUGAUUGUUUUGAAGCCUGUGGCGAAUUUAGUUGAGCUCUUUGAAAUGUGAGGACUGUCAAAAUGGUGAGAUGAUGAUGAGAAACGUUCCUGCAGAUGGCAAACGCCACAUUCGAUGGACUUUAAUGGGGACCAAUUCUUUAGUGUUCGGUAGACCAAGGCCAAGAUGUGCCCGGGAAGGAGUGAUGUCAGCGCGGUUACCACGGAAACACUCACGCCGCCGCAGACACCCUACCUGAAUGUUUACACACGAUCAUUUACCUUUUCUACACAAUGAAACCAUACGUGACAUUACAUGAUUACCUAAGACAAAACGAACAUGCAUAAACACGUUUACAAAACAUCACAGCCGAUAGUUCCAUCUUUUCUGCCAUGUGCUGUUGUCAUGGGUUUAAAAUAUUUAUAAGUAUUAGUUUCAUUUUUGUUUAUGAAAUAAAUUCAUUUUUCUUUAUAUGUUAUGUAUUAUUGUAACUUUUAUUAAAUAUCAAACAAUGCCUUUACCCAGUGACUUAAAAAUCAUCAUACAUUGAGCUUUUUUCAGAUUAACUGCAGAAACAGGCAUUUGAACAUUUAAAAAUUUAAUAUAGACUAAUUAUUCACAGCUCGUGGUCAGCUGCGUCAUCUAAUGGGGGUGUGCUUCUGUCAUAGUCUGUAACACCUGCUGAAAAUGCUUUGAGGUUUGAAUUCACAAACAUCCAGACCAAAGAGAAAGAGACCUCGAGGUCCUCUCCAUCCAUCACAGGGUCAACCUCGGGUUUGGUUUUUGCUGAGACACGACGUUCACGUUUACGAAAUCUCAGGUCCUGGUUCGCCUGAGCGGGUUCAAUUGGUACACAGCUUUCCGUUAGACAUUGGUAACAAAAGAAACGGCCCCCGAACAUCUUCUUCUCAUAAUGCAAUCACUGCUUUCGCAUUGGUCCAUGCUGAAUGCGAUGACCGAAACAUGAAAAUCGUGGCCCCGUUGCCCAGGCCUGAAGAUUAUUAUAUAACGUUGUGUCAUUAUGUGUUUGUUAGCUAUGACAGUGUCAGUCUGUUAAGAAGUUGACGGCCCCCAGAGGGUCUAUAAGAGUCCUAUUAAUGGUAAAACCAGUUCCACUCUCUUGCUUGCGUCGCAACAUUGGUUCCAUUUGUUUACGUAUCUGGUUUUUCUUAAAUUGUACAGUUAGGCAAAACAUUGUCAGUCACGGAUGUGUUGGAGCAAAAAUGGCAAGAGCUGGAGCGAGGGAAGACGUGGCAGAGGUCUAGACCCACGCUAACCAGUGCUAAACUGGCACUUUCUGUCUGGAAGAGCAGCUGGAUAAGAAUGACGACAUAUUACCCAGGUAAAACAUGUGUUACUUUGAAUUUCAUUUUGCUUUGUCGAACUUCUCACUAGCUAAAGCCAUAUCGUUUAGACUGCAAUAAUUUAUUAAAACGGUAAAAAGGGUAAAUUAGUGUUGAGGGUUUUUUGGUCUUGUUUUCUGUAAAAGGAAAACCUCUAUUACUAUCUACCUGUCCAUCUAAAUCUCUUUUAUUAUAUAUUAUUAUGUAUGUAUAUAAACAUAAAUGCAGUGCGAAUACAUUAAUUGUAAAAAAAAAAAAAAAUAGUUUCUAACAAGAACAGCGGUACUGUUGUGUGGCGUCCGUACAUGUGUGUGUCCGCGUGUCCGUCCGUGGUGUGUGUUCGGUUUGCGUCCCCGUUGUGUCUGUGAUGCGUUUAUCUGCCUGACGUGCUCGACCACUGUCACAUGCAAGGGGCGAACUUUUAGGUGAUGAAUCACGGCCUGCGCUCAGUGUCUAGGUUCUAGGAACCAGAGUCAUAAGAGUUCUGCUAUUAUUAUUGUUAUUAUUACUAAUAAUAAUAGAGUAUGAAUGCAUUAGUAGGAUCCAGUGGUUGUUUGACAGUGCUUAAUAAUGAAUGGCCCCCAAGCCAUUGUAAGUAUGCAGUUUCAGUUAAUGGAGGUGAUUAGACUUAGCCUGCUCAUGGACACUCUUGCUCACACUUGCUCCAAGGUGGAGGAUUAACACUCUCAGCGACCGAUGAUGUAAAGGAGUGAGGUAAAGCAGUGGUCCAGCCUCUGCAUGCUUAGCUGUUGUUGUUUUCUCAUUUAUAAUUAAUGUGAUUAAUUAAUACGGAAACCGCUGAGGGUUGUUCAAAUGAAAUUCUCUAGCAGGUGUCGGCAAUCAAGCGCCAGUUAGGAAAUUGAUUGCUCAGAGUGUGGCUGUAUUCGAGUGAUUUAUGUUUUAAUUACUGGGUAAAAUGGCAAGUGAAAAAAAAGGCAGGCUAGUUUGGGCCUCGUCUGACAAAUAAGCUAUUAGGUGCAGUAGGAAAUCGCAAUGUUGUGUUUCAAAAGUGACAAGCAGCACUAUUUCAGAUACCACCUGCUAUACAUCUAUUUAACUAAAGUUCAUUUCACUCUCAUGUUUUCUGUUUACACGCUCAUGCUGGAUAUUAGCAUAACAAUACAUCUAUCGUUGUUCUUUUUUUCAUACCAAGUACAAAUAUUCACCCUUCUUCAUCUCUCUGAACCAUGCAGAGUGUACUACGCUCAUUUUUUAAUCAAUAAAACAUGAGUGUGAAUAAUAAUUGAACGCGUAUGCAAUGGAGAUGUCUCCGUGCGAGUCAUGGUACCACUAAAUCAUUAACGCAUUAAAAAAUGAAAACACAGUAGUACACUCCUGGGGGAAUAGGGCUGAUUUGGUCGGGUAAAAACCAGGCUACUGUUGAGCUUUGAGUUUUUCCCCUCAGAUCCUCUUCGACGUCAACACCACGUCCAUGUCGUCUCAAGGAUACUGGCGCUAACAUGUAGCUAAGCAGAUCGCUUGCCACUGCCUUGAGCUAUUGCUGUGAGUCAUGAUUGUUUGGGUAGGGGAACAUCCCCAAAUUCAGUGCGUCAAACAGACGCGACAAUCGAUUUUAUAUUUCUACAGAUGGCUGUUAAUCCCAGUUGCUUCACUGAUCUCCCCAAACUGAAACUGUUGUCCUUCCGGGCAAAAAGGGCUUGUUUCUCUCUGCGUUAUAAGGGAAGGACAACAAUCCAGGCCCAUGUUGGGGAGCCAAGACAAUAAAAGUCAACCACAGGGAUAUAUCUUGGCAACCUAAUGGGGGGAGUAUCACCAUGCCUCAGAGGAAGACAAGAUAUUGGAUGAUUUUCAUUUAGAUUCUUUUCAAUAUCCAGUUUUUCUCUGAUCUCGUGAAGAAGAGAUGGAUGAACAAUGCAUUUAAAAAAAAAAGAAAAAUAAUAACUUUGCCCAUAAAAUAGAAUAUAAAAAUGAUAUUUUAUAAAAUAUCAAAAUAAAUAAAAAUAUUAUUAGUGUUGAAAACAGUAAAAUGAUAGUACAUCAAUACAAUAAUGCAAUGUAAUAAUAGGACAUGCAGAUUAAGUUAACACACAAUGAUCUCCUAAAUAAGGCCUACACAGAUAACCAUGGGUAGCCAAACAGCUUCGCUCCUCCUUCAGGCCUAGCUGCCGUGAAGCUUCCUCUGACAGGAUGCUGAGCCGUGGGCUCACAGUGCUUCUGCCCGCUACGUCCAGAAUAAAACUAAGCGGAAUAUAAUUGAGAAGGGCUAUUUCCGUCAUGUUUUCCAAACGCCGUCACUGUCAUUGUCAUUGACAUGAAUCAUGUUUUAGCUCGCCAAGACAGGUCAUGGACAUCUCAGACUGAUCCUCAUCCAUGUACAUGGGAAUGGUGGGGUUAGGGGUCAUUUCAAUGUGUUUUUUUUCCUCCAAGAUGUGCAAGGCAAUGUUUUUAAAUCUUUACAAAGCAGGUUGUGGUCCAUCUCAAACUAGACCUCAUCCAUAUAGAUGGGAAAGGUGGUCACACUGUGUUAUGUCGAGAUUAGGUGCUGUUUCUGCUCAGGGAGUGAAGGAAAUGAGCCAGAAAGCACAGGGCGACAGUGCAGAAGGCCGGAAAGUUCUAGCAUGUGACCGCAGCCACAAUGGAUGGUUGGGUCACGGUUCACCCAGGCUGUGCUGGGUAGGCGAGCAUGUCAGUGUAACCGUCCUCUGUUUCAUGUCUGUGGUCGCUGGGUCAGAAUGUGAUGAAGACACACAUUUCUUACCUCCCGAGUGCCACACAGAUGUGCAUCUUCUCUUCUCAAAGGAAACCAUUUUAUUCACGGUUUUAAACUCAUUACUCCUGUGAUAUAGAGAGGUUCAUCUUCGACGACGUACAAAUCAAAUGUAAAACCACCUGCCGUACUGCCGCAUCGCAGUAAUUAGUUUGAAGGGGCUGUCAUUUGGAAGGUGUGCUUCACAUUGCACCUUCAUUUCCUCCGAGCAGAUGCUUUUCAGCAUCUCCGACAUUUUUCAGAUUUAAAACUGCUCAGAUACAAAACGACAAGAAAGAUUUAAACAGGAUUUUUGAGAGGUUUUUAUGUGAAGAAAUUUUGUUGUACCUAUUAAGGCAAAUAUCAAACUUCCAUUCUUAAUGUGACAUGAUUAAAAGGAUACAUUUCAUGUUUGCUUUUAUAAAGCAGUCAUGAAUGAUUAUUUGAAUAGGUUUUUAAAAGUCUCAUAUACAGCAAAGGCAAAAAAAAAACAAUUUCAAGCUAAUAUUGCUUAAAAAUAUUUUUAAAAAUAUGAUUAAUAAUGAGAUUAAUAAUUACUUUAUAAUCAUUUUCUGAUAUUUGCCUAAAAUGGUAAUAGUAUUCCUGAACGAUUUUAAGUAAUCAGAAGGUCAGUAAGAUAACGGUUUUGUGCGUUUGAAAAGCAAAAUCUGGCCUAUUCACUGUCUAUUUUUCCUUCGAAAGUUAUCUAACCAUUCAGAUAACGCUCAAAUCCGCACCUGUUACCAACAGUAAAUUCCUAACGUGGACUUAAAUGUUUUUUAUCCUAACACACAGCAUGCAAAAAGGCACUUUAAAGUUACUAUCAAACUAAGCAGGAGUAGGAACAGCAUGCAGGAAUGCUGUAUACGUAGCGUGAAGAACGUUCUUCAUGCUCUGAUAGAGGGUGAGGAAACGAGGCCGUGUCAACGGGGAAAGAAGGAACAUUCCAAAACACCUGCCAAUAUCCGAAACCUUUCAACUUUAUCAUCUGUCGGAAACGAAAUGGUCGUUGCGAAUCGCUUGUAGUUUAAAUCCAUCGGGACUAGGCUUUCUGCAUUAAGGGUUGGAAUUCUACAGUGCAUCUUCUGCUGAGCAUGCUGGUGGAUUGUCAUACUCGACGUCGCUCCUUUCGUUUUUCUUUUACGUUACGGAAUGAACGGGCGGGUGUGCAUGCUUCGUUAAUUCGCCGUAUUUAUGCAAUCGACGCAUCGCAGAAAAUACCAUCGAUCUAUUCCAAACCAUGCAUAUCGCUAAACUUUCGACUUAAUAGACUUUAGAUUUUUAGAAGCUUCAAACUCCAUCACAAAAUCAUCGUUCUCUAAAACUGCCCGCGUCUGAGAUUUAUUAUAAAACCGUUGCUUUUUUUGCGCGCGACAAGCUGAAGUACAAGUUUACAGACUACUUUUCUGUCGUUGCGUAACGAGAUUUUCGGGAACAUAGCGUCAGACUAGCCACGCUUCUGUCCUGCCAAAUUGACCUUGCUGUCUGAUGCAAACACUGUGCUUCCUUCCCCGCAUAGAAGGAGCAAAUAUUUGAUUAAAAAAAAUAAUAAUAAUAAACAUUUUCUUCGUGAUAUCUUCUGUGGCUUAUCUAGAUAGUGACAGAACAACACUGACCUGCAGAAGACUAACUGUUCCCACACGAGAAGGUGACAAUAAACAGGGAUCUGUGCUACAUUCCAGUAUCUUUCGGUUUGCACUAAACUCUUUGAUCUUUUCUUGACCAAAAUGAAGAAAACGAUCGGUUCUGAUGUCUCAAAGGUCCCUUUGAUUUUCUUGCAAGCACUCUUUUGCAUUAGUGAGUUUGUGACAUUUUAACUGUGACUCUGAUAAAGUUGAAAGGAUGGUUUGAGGUCAUAAUAUAAAAAGAAAAUAAAGUGAAUAUGUAAUGCUUUUCCUAAAUCAGCCUGAGGGAUGCUUUUUUGUAAUUACUUUUGUUUUAUUUUGUGAGUGGGAGAGGAAAAUAUAAAAUGAAAAUUCUUUUUUUUUUCAUUUACUGCAUGUCAUAUAUUGUAUGUGGAACCAAAUCACUGUAGAAUCGUCUCAUCUAUGGAGCUUAACUGUACUUUUUCGAUAUUAAAAGCAUAAUUAAAUGAAUAAAGUGGUUUCAUACAAACAUA